GAGGAUGGGGAGAUGACUGUCAUAUCCAAAAAGGAGGAAACUGGAUUUCUUGGCCCGGUUUGCCAAACGCAUCUUAAGGCAUCCAAUGGUUCUAACGAUGAACUUAGCCGUAAGAUGGUUUUGGGAGACCGGCCCCUGAUUAACACUAGAGAGAGACAUGACUAUCGUGGAUCCUCUGGGGAGCCUCAACAACCUCGUGAUGCUGAAGAGGCAGAGAAGAGUCUCUCCAGAUCAGAACACCUCAAUAAACACCCGCAGAGAUCCACAGGGAAGAGAACUCACUGCUGCCCUGACUGUGGGAAGAGAUUCACCUCAUCAGGCAUUAAAAUUCAUCAGAGAACACACACAAGAAAGAAACCGUAUAGCUGUGAUCAAUGUGGGAAGAGUUUUGGUCAAUCUGGAGAGCUGACAGUGCACCAGAGAACACACACAGGAGAGAAACCUUAUAGCUGUGAUCAAUGUGGGAAGAGUUUUACUACAUCUAGCACUCUGACUUUACACCAGAGAAUACACACAGGAGAGAAACCUUAUAGCUGUGAUCAAUGUGGGAAGAGUUUUACUACAUCUAGUACUCUGACUUUACACCAGAGAAUACACACAGGAGAGAAACCUUAUAGCUGUGAUCAAUGUGGGAAGAGUUUUAGUCAAUCUGGCCAUCUGGUUUCACACCAGAGAACACACACAGGAGAUAAAUCUUAUCGCUGUGAUCAAUGUGGGAAGUGUUUUGGUAGAUCUGGCCAUCUGGUAUCACACCAGAGAACACACACAGGAGAGAAACCUUAUAGCUGUGUUCAAUGUGGGAAGAGUUUUGGUCAAUCUGGCCACCUGGUGUCACACCAGAGAACACACACAGGAGAGAAAUCUCUUAGCUGUGGUCAAUGUGGGAAGUGUUUUGGUAGAUCUGGCUCUCUCAAUCUACACAAGAGAACACACACAGGAGAGAAACCUUAUAGCUGUGGUCAGUGUGGGAAGAGUUUUGGUCAAUCUGGAGAGCUGACAUUGCACCAGAGAAUACACACAGGAGAGAGACCUUAUAGCUGUGAUCAAUGUGGGAAGAGUUUUGGUAGAUCUGGCACUCUGACUCUGCACAAGAGAACACACACAGGCGAGAAACCUUUUUGCUGUGAUCAGUGUGACAAGAGAUACUUUGAUAAAAGAUCUCUGGUCAAACAUCAGAAAAUACAUACAUGAAGGAGUUAUUUUGUGAUAUCAAUGAAAAAAUGUCACAAUGUAGAAUGUUUUUAACAUUGUAGUAGGAGUAUUUUAAGGAAUUUCACAAUGUAGAAUCCUAAACGUUUGCCCCAUUCAAUUGAUUUCAGCAUGAUAUGGAUAUUAGCCUUUGGAAAAAUCCAGGCUCUGAAUUGAAAGAGUACUAUUUAUGUGAUUUAACAAAAAGUGACUAACACAAAAAGAGCUUUGUAACACUUACCAUGUUGGUGACCCACUUCAAUCAAAAUGCAUCACUUCAGAAUGUAGCUAGCUGUUUUCUACAAAUUGUCCUCUAACCAGUGAUGUACACAUUAUUCCCAGAUUCCGUGUGGUUUUUGAGCUGUUAAAACUAACAGGACGUGCAACCUCAUCUCUCUCCUCUCGGCACAAUGGAUUUCAACAUGAUAUCGAUGAGUGAUGACAAAUAAGUGUUGCGUUCCUUAGUUUAGCGACCCCUAAAUUUAAAUGCAUCACUCCAAUCUGUAGAUGACUGUCUUCUGCAGGUUGUCCUUUAACCAGUGAGGUAAAAGAUAUCUCCCAUUUCCAUGUGUUUUUUUUAGUCGUGUUAGUUUCAACAACCCUUUUACAACCUGAUUUCCCCCCAAAUCGAUAUCAGUGAUUUAUUGCUACUUGUCAAAACAACAGCGUUGCUGGUGCUUGUGCAGUUUUUAAGGAGCUUGUUUAAAUAAAUACAAGAAAUAUGA